AUGAAAAACAUUGAUACUCUCAAUUCACGCAAAGCUUCACUACAGAAGAAGUUGGAACUAUUGCUGAAAGAAAAGUCAAACAGAGACGUAGUGCUUGAAGAUUCACCGAUGAUUACCAGUGACCAACUUUGUCAUCAGCCAUCAACCAGUAACAGUAAUAUAGAAACCAUCAAACCGGUUCCGGUUCAAACAGCUGGUCCAUUAAUAAGAACCUCAAAAAUCUGUUCGGAGGAUAUACAAGAGAAAAUAAAGAAGUUACGCAAAGCGGAGAAGCAACACUUGGAUGAUGCUAGUUUGACUAAUUUCCAAACGCGUCUACGUCGUCACAAUCAGUUGGACGCGUUGGAACGCGAAUUGGCUCGGGAGCGUGGUGAGGUCAUUGCUUUUUUGGCUGCCAUCCAUCAUUCCGAACAGCUUGCAUCACAGAAUCAACUGGAAUUAUUAUCAAAUACACUUUCGAUGGGUUCGGUACUGUUAGUCUGUCCGGCCACUGUUUUGCAACAGUGGUUGAACGAAUUCCACAGCUGGUAUCCCGCUAUACGGGUCGGGAUUUUGCACUCCAGUGGUUCCGGAUAUCAAAAGCCGGCGAGCCUCAUUCGGACAAUGGCCUCGCAAAGCGGUUGUGUCUUGUUGACCACUUACAAUACAUUGGUCGUUUAUCAGGACAUGCUCACGCAACACGCCUGGUCCUAUGUCAUUUUGGACGAAGGUCACAAGAUCAAAAAUCCGGAAGCCGAGAUCACACUGGCCGUGAAACGAUUUCAGACCGUGCAUCGAAUUAUUCUGUCCGGCAGCCCAAUGCAAAACAAUUUGCGUGAAUUGUGGUCCCUGUUCGAUUUUGUCUGUCCCGGCCGUUUGGGUCCAUUGCCGGAAUUUAUGCAACAGUUUGCCGUCCCAAUCACACAAGGCGGUUACGCAUCUUCCUCACCUCUCCAGGUAGUUUUUGAUUCAUUGUCUCCGAACCCAAUUGGGAUUCAGGAUAUUUUGAUGCCAUUCCUCAUUCGACGUUUGAAGGCUGAAGUACGACUGCAACUUCCAAACAAAUCCGAACAGGCAAGUGUCUCCUGUUUCGAUGUAUUACAAUACCAAGAUAGCCUAAUUCAUGUUCUCUUCUGUCGACUGACAGACUACCAACGACAACUGUACCAAGAAUUCACGGAUUCACAAGUUUGCAAAGACCUGCUUAACGGUAAAGGCAAUGUGUUCACUGCCUUGAUUUUGCUUCGAAAGUUGUGCAAUCAUCCGGAUCUGGUAACCGGUGGCACAAAAGAUAUGCUGGGCGAUGAAGCCACUUGUCGAGCACGCGAAGCCGAACGGGGAAACGAAUGCAACGAUGAAUUUCUCACGCGAUAUCCGUGGUCGCGAUUUGGCUGUCCGCUUCGAUCGAGUAAAAUGCUCGUGGUAGCUUCCCUGUUAAAAACAUGGAACGCGCAGGGACAUCGGGCUCUGGUGUUCUCUCAGAGUCGACGGAUGCUAACGGUGCUCGAACGUUUGGUUACCGUGUUGCGGUUAUCUUAUCUGCGAAUGGACGGAUCCACUCCAGUACAUCUUCGCCAGACACUGAUUCGCCAGUUCAAUUCUUCUGUCCCCGAUUCGGAUCAGUCUGAGUCGCGUCCGUUCGCAUUUCUACUCACCACACGUGUCGGUGGCCUGGGCGUGAAUUUGACCGCGGCCAAUCGGGUGCUCAUUUACGAUCCGGAUUGGAAUCCGAGCACCGAUAUACAGGCACGUGAACGUGCUUGGCGCAUCGGGCAGCAACAGUCUGUGCUAAUCUAUCGUCUGCUGACUAGUGGCACAAUCGAGGAGAAGAUCUAUCAUCGGCAGAUUUUCAAACAAUUCCUUACAAAUCGUAUUUUGAGAAAUCCACGACAACAACGAUUUUUCAAAACCAACGAUUUACAAGAAUUGUUAACCUUCGAUGACCCGGAUUCGCACACUGAAAACAAAUCACGUGAAUCCCGUGCACCCGAGACGGCUAUAUAUCUGCGUUCCGAAGGACUAGGUCACACGAUUUCCCGCUCAAAGUCGACCAAUCGAUUUGAUCUUUUGCAUCAACGUUGCCAACUGAAAUCGACCAGCCCGGAAAGUGACGAAGAUGUCGAAGUGGAGGAUGCAGAUCUAGGGGACGAAUCCUCUACCACAGUGGACACGGAAUCUGCUCUUGAAACAGCCCGCCGAGAUCGAUUGCGUCAACUGGCACGGGAGCUUAGUCGCCGGAUUGCCGAGGGUAGAGUGGAUGCAGAGAAACCGCUAUUCAGUCGUGACUCUGUGCGAUCUGGUCAAAAGCGUCGCGGAACUCGUGUAGACGGAGUGCGCCUAACUUUAGUUGACCGGCGAACAACGUACGAUACAGGGGAUACAGAACGAGUAAAGAAAAGUAAAACAUCCAGUUCUUCUGUGAAGGACUCACCAACUAACUCAUCAUCUACUUCUAUACACCAGAAACAGUCAACCGACCCGGACACACCGGGUCGCAUACAGUCGGACGUGUUUCUCAGUGCCCUUUUACAACGCGAUCCACCGACUUCCGAGUCAUCCGAUCGGAAUUCGACCCAGUUGUCCAACGAGUCCUCAUCAUGGGAAAUCAUUGCUCGUAAACGAGCCGCUUUAGAUGAUGAUAUGCGCCAGGAAGCCAUCCGUGUCGCUCGGUUAGCUAAAGAAGCCAUUCAACGAUACAGUAUGAAUAUUUCCACUAGCCCGGCCCCGGAAAAAUCGAAUUCCAAUGGUUCUUUAAACUCAUCGUGUUCGGCUCACAAAAGAGCUUAUUCGACCAAGCAAGCAUCAUCAACUUCCAAAAAGAAGCGAUCGGGAGAACCACAAACCGUGACCGAACGCCAAACAUUGAAUCGCGGAAUCCGCUCAGAUCAUCGGGAUGCCGUAUCGAUCAACCUACCCCAGGUUUCCCAUGUCGUAGCACACGACCAGUUGAUCGACUGUUUGACCAAUGUGGAGCGUGUGGAUACAUCUUUUUAUCGUCUGGAGACCCACCGAUUGAUCGUUCGAGCAAUAGACACUCUUCGUUCCGAAGUUACUCAGUCUUCACAGAUGGUUUCGUUUAGUUCUCAUAAUUUGCCGAUCGGUAGCAUCACACCCGAGAGCUGUAAACGUUUCGGUCUACUGAAAGAUCGAUUUUUGUGGAACCCUCAAGAAGAACAGAGCACUGUUUAUGUAAGUCUUUCCCCACGUACGCUAGAAUCAGUUUUCAAGCAAUAUUUCUGUAAUUGA